GUCUUCUCUUCUUCCCUUCAGUUCUAACUUCGAUCCUUCUACUACAAUCUGUCAACGCUCGCUCCGCCAAGGCCCCUUUGAUUCCUACACAACCCAACGCACACAGCCAGAGAUAUAUAUAAAAAAAAUGAAGGCCAUCUUCUUCACCCUCUUCUCACUGGCCGCCUCGGCCCUGGCCACGCCCCUUCUCGCGCAGCGCCAGCUCGAGACGCAGGCCGAUGAGAUCGACAGGCUGACCGAGCUGGUCAUGUCCCACACCGCCAACAUCAACGAGACGGUCGCCAGCGUGGUGGACAACCCGAACCUCGAGCAGCAAAACGCCGCGGCGGCCGCGCUGGGCCCGGACUUCCAGGCCAUCACAGACGCGCUCACGCAGGCCACCGCCGCGAUCGGAUCCUCGGCCGCCCAGCUCGUCGUCGUCGCUGCCGUCAAGGGCCGUGACGCGGCCGGCGGCGCUUGCGGGCACGACUGCCUGCUGACCAAGGUGCAGCUGCUUGUGUGGGAGAUUGCCAGCACGCUGAAGUUUGUCAUUGUCAAGCUGGGUCUUGCUUGUGUUCUCGAUUACCUCCAGCCGCUGCUGUUCGCCUUGGUUGGACUCAUCAAGGCGCUGGACAAGGUCGUCGCCGGUCUGCUGAUCGUGGUCAAGAGCCUGCUGACGUUUGUGCUCGGUACUGUUGCGGGCGCGGUGCUCGAGCUGCUCUGGUGAUGUUGGCUGGCUGAUGUUAUUUUUGCUCCUUCUUGCCGCACCUGUCAUGCAGCUGCCUUUCUCACGGGGGGUAAGGGCAGGAAGCGGACCGCGGCUGGUCUUUCCCUUUUUUAUUUUUCUUUUCUUUUCUUUUCGCUUGCUUAGGGGGUUUUGACGGCAGAUUAAUGGUCGAUUGCCUCGCUAUACUUUAUCAUGUCUGUCGUUCUCGCUUCCUUUUGUGUAUAGUUGACCGUGGCUAUGGAUGGCGAGG